AGACCCUCUUUCGCCCUCCAUCUCUCUCUCUCUCUCUCUCUCUCUUUCUCUCCCCCUCCCUUCAUCCUCCUCAGUGCCUGAUCUAGUUCUCACUGAACACUUUACUACAGCUUGCAAUGUGACACUAAAAUAUAGACUCUCGCUUUCACACACACACGCACGCACAUACCUCCACACACCCACCCACUCCCGCCUUCACACACACACGCACCUACCUACACGCGGAUCCACGCGGAGGACUGGCUGCUACAAUCCGGAGUGGAGUUCGAAAGGAUCUAUGUUGACAAAGGAAGAAGGAAGGAAGAAAACGGGGCGACUAGAAAGGAACUAAAUCUGGUCCAGCAAGGAACUAUUUUUAUUCUUCUUCUUCUUUUUUGAUUACUCCAUCCUCUCCUGCAUCAUCAUCAUCAUCAUCACCAUGUUUGGGGCUCCCAUGGCAUUGGAUUUUGUGGUGCUCUUCUGCCUGGCGUCUGCCAUCGCGGCUGUGGAAGAAACCCUAAUGGAUACUCGGACAGCUACAGCUGAACUUGGCUGGACAGCAAACCCACCUUCAGGGUGGGAAGAAGUCAGUGGCUACGACGAGAACCUCAACACAAUCCGUACUUACCAAGUGUGCAACGUCUUUGAACCCAACCAGAAUAAUUGGCUUCUCACCACAUUCAUAAACCGAAGGGGCGCACAUCGCAUUUACACAGAGAUGCGCUUUACUGUACGGGAUUGUAGCAGCCUUCCCAAUGUCCCUGGUUCCUGUAAGGAGACCUUCAACUUGUACUACUAUGAAACAGACUCUGUUAUCGCUACCAAGAAGUCUGCCUUCUGGACCGAGGCCCCCUACCUCAAAGUGGACACUAUUGCUGCAGAUGAGAGCUUCUCUCAGGUGGACUUUGGUGGUAGGUUGAUGAAGGUGAACACAGAGGUGAGGAGUUUUGGUCCUCUCAAUCGCAAUGGCUUCUACCUUGCCUUCCAGGAUUAUGGGGCAUGCAUGUCACUGUUGUCAGUAAGGGUCUUCUUUAAGAAAUGCCCCAGUGUGGUACAGAAUUUUGCCAUCUUUCCAGAGACUAUGACAGGAGCAGAAAGCACAUCUCUUGUGAUUGCACGGGGCACAUGUAUUCCCAAUGCUGAGGAGGUGGAUGUGCCCAUUAAACUGUACUGUAAUGGUGAUGGAGAGUGGAUGGUUCCCAUUGGGCGAUGCACCUGCAAAGCUGGAUAUGAGCCUGAAAACAGUGUGGCCUGCAAAGCUUGCCCUGCAGGGAUGUUCAAGGCCAGCCAGGGAGCAGGAAUCUGUACGCAGUGCCCUCCUAACAGUCGCUCCACUUCAGAAGCUGCUCCAAUCUGCACUUGUCGCAAUGGUUACUACCGUGCCGACUUUGAUCCAUCAGAAGUGGCUUGCACAAGUGUUCCUUCAGGGCCUCGCAAUGUGAUCUCUAUAGUCAACGAGACAUCAAUUAUACUAGAGUGGCAUCCACCUCGAGAGACAGGAGGCCGUGAUGAUGUAACCUACAACAUUGUCUGCAAGAAAUGUCGAUCAGAUCGCCGUAGCUGUUCCCGCUGCGAUGACAAUGUGGAAUUUGUACCAAGGCAGUUGGGCCUCACAGAAACACGUGUUUUCAUCAGCAACUUAUGGGCCCACACACCAUAUACUUUUGAGAUCCAGGCUGUGAAUGGAGUUUCUAACAAAAGCCCAUUCCCACCACAGCAUGUCUCUGUGAACAUCACCACCAAUCAAGCUGCUCCCUCCACAGUUCCCAUCAUGCACCAGGUAAGUGCCACCAUGAGGAGCAUCACACUGUCAUGGCCUCAGCCAGAACAGCCCAAUGGCAUCAUCUUGGACUAUGAGAUUCGUUACUAUGAGAAGGUGAGCCGGAUCUGCAUCCCUGAGAUUAGUACGAUGGGCUCAAGACUAGUCACAGACCAUAGUGAGUACAAUUCCUCCAUGGCCAAGAGCCAGACCAACACCGCAAGGAUUGAUGGGCUGAGACCAGGAAUGGUAUACGUGGUACAGGUGCGAGCCCGGACUGUUGCUGGCUAUGGGAAAUAUAGUGGGAAAAUGUGCUUCCAAACACUGACGGAUGAUGACUACAAGUCAGAAUUGAGAGAACAACUGCCAUUGAUUGCUGGAUCUGCAGCGGCAGGGGUCGUCUUUAUUGUCUCUUUGGUGGCUAUUUCAAUUGUUUGCAGCAGGAAGCGAGCAUACAGCAAAGAGGCAGUAUACAGUGAUAAACUACAGCAUUACAGCACUGGUAGAGGUUCCCCAGGAAUGAAGAUCUACAUUGACCCUUUUACGUAUGAGGACCCCAAUGAAGCAGUUCGUGAGUUUGCCAAGGAAAUUGAUGUGUCUUUCGUGAAGAUUGAAGAAGUCAUUGGAGCAGGGGAGUUUGGCGAAGUGUAUAAAGGGCGCCUGAAACUGCCUGGCAAGAGAGAAAUCUAUGUGGCUAUUAAGACCUUAAAGGCUGGAUAUUCUGAGAAGCAGAGGCGGGAUUUCCUCAGUGAGGCUAGCAUCAUGGGUCAGUUUGACCAUCCAAAUAUUAUCCGACUAGAGGGGGUGGUCACGAAAAGCCGGCCAGUGAUGAUUAUCACAGAAUUUAUGGAAAAUGGAGCCCUGGAUUCUUUUUUGAGGCAAAACGAUGGGCAGUUUACAGUCAUCCAGUUGGUGGGCAUGCUACGAGGGAUUGCAGCUGGUAUGAAGUACCUUGCAGAGAUGAAUUAUGUCCACCGGGAUCUUGCUGCCAGAAAUAUACUUGUCAACAGCAAUCUAGUCUGCAAAGUGUCUGAUUUUGGCCUCUCACGUUACCUUCAAGAUGAUACGUCAGACCCAACUUAUACCAGCUCUUUGGGUGGGAAGAUUCCAGUGAGAUGGACAGCCCCAGAGGCCAUUGCAUAUCGAAAAUUCACCUCUGCCAGCGAUGUAUGGAGUUAUGGCAUUGUCAUGUGGGAAGUGAUGUCAUUUGGGGAAAGGCCUUACUGGGACAUGUCCAAUCAAGAUGUAAUUAAUGCUAUUGAGCAAGACUACCGGCUCCCUCCCCCCAUGGACUGUCCUGCUGCCCUCCAUCAACUAAUGUUAGAUUGCUGGCAGAAAGACCGCAACACCCGCCCACGCUUUGCUGAAAUAGUUAACACUCUAGACAAAAUGAUCCGAAAUCCAGCAAGCCUCAAAACUGUGGCUACCAUCACCACUGUGCCUUCUCAGCCACUCUUGGAUCGCUCCAUCCCCGAUUUCACUGCCUUUACCUCAGUAGAAGAUUGGCUCAGUGCCAUCAAAAUGAACCAAUACAGAGAUAGUUUUCUGACUGCAGGGUUCACAUCUCUUCAAUUAGUUGCACAAAUGACAUCAGAAGAUCUUCUAAGAAUAGGAGUAACUUUAGCUGGACAUCAGAAGAAGAUCCUGAACAGUGUCCAAUCUAUGAGAGUGCAGAUGAGCCAGUCCCCAACUUCAAUGGCAUGACGCUUUGUGUCUUCUUACUAUAGUGGAAAAAUAGAAGACAGGACUCAAGAGGGUUGGAUGUGGGAGGGGAGGGUACGCUGACAAGACAGCGAGAUACUUGCAAAAAUUGGAUAGCCUGAGAACUUUUUUGAGCCUCAGGCAAAGAGGACGCAGGCAAAGAGGACACAGGACUUGUUUCUAAGUGGCAGCUUCCGUUUCUCACCAACACAUUUACUGAUGCCAUAGGAAACAGCAUAUAAAUAAGUAUAAAUAUGUACAAAUCAUAUAUUUAAAAAAUCAGUGAAGACAAACCAAUGUGUGUUGGGAGAAAAAGAGACUUAAAUCCCACCACCAGUGAGCAGUAGUCAAGGGGCCAGUGUGGAAGAGAAAGGUAUAACCCAGGGCAACCAUCUUCAGCAGUUAUAUUCCUUUCCUUCUCUUAAUUCUGUUCUAAGAGUCCUUCUUACCCACCCAAUUCCCUCUUUUGCUCAUAAACCAUGGGGAAUUUUCUUCAACUGUCUCAACAGCUACCUACUAGAAUGUCAAGACAUUGAUCCAUCAGCUACCAAAGGACUUCACUGACCACUGCAUGGGGGAUCCAGACCAAUCCAGUUAAUGUCUUCAUAUUGAAGAAGAGUUGUACCUUCAAUAGAAAACCUUGUUUUUUUCUUUUGCUUGCAUUUUUUUGCAAAAAGGGAAAAAAUCCUCAUAAAAAAAGAAAAAAGGUGUUCCCACAAGUGCGUGCGUGUGCGUCUGUAUGUUGUCAACUUAACUGUGGAGUCACUCACUGCCUGUCUGUAGCAGAAAAACAACAAAGUGAGACUGGCGGAUAAGAAAUCCAUCACCUUCAGGGAAAUUGGGGAUUUGGUGGGAGACAGUUGUGAUAUCCUUUGCUUUCAGUCUAAAUCAACUGUGCAUGGAAUGUGUAAUGGGAAACUGAACAGAAAAGGAAAUGAAUUCAUAGGAGGAAGGAAGCGGAAGAGUGGACUAUGCAACAAGGGUUUCAUGUGGAACAAUUAUCAGGAUAAAUAACCGUAGAGGUGAUGGGACAGAAGAAAGCUUCACCCUCUAACAUUCCAGGGUCCAGAAGAGGAGCUUCAUGGAUCUUUAGUUCCAUUGUGUGGGCCUAAGGAUGUUGCUAUCUAAGGAUGUUGAUUUUAUGGCAUCAGAGGGAUCUACAUGCCAGUAUUUAAUGCCAAAAGGCCAUGGAAAGAGGCUGGUCCUGAUAGCCAGGCUUACCACCAGAGCUACCUCCUCCUUUUCCAGCAUCAAGAAAGCCAUGCCCUGUGGAUAAGCUGUGAUCUCCUGGGGGUGAUAGCAAGCUCUUGAGAAUGUCAAGGACAUGCCCUGUCUGGAUGAGCCAAGAGGAGCCCUCCUGCAGCCUGCAUGCACUGUCCCAGCCAACAAGAGGCCCCACCCUGUACAUAGCCAAUGAGAUGUCUGUAAAGGAUUGCACCCUCUUGUACAUUCCCCUCUCUUUCCCUUUCAACUUGUUGAUUGUGUCAAAAUUGUCAGAGUUUGUAAUAGUAACUUUCAGAAAAUAUUGUACUAAAAAGAAAAUUGCACUCAAUAAAAAUCAUGAAAAUAA